CACAAUGACAAAUUUAUUUUGCCGCUGCGUACGGCUGUGUUAGCAGGCCAACAUCCCAGCAGCUAAGAGCUCCCAAUUACGUCAUGUACGCCUAUGAUUGCGCUGGGAGAGGGAGUGGGUUUACCUAAUGUAGUUAACUCACCUUGCGGCUAUUCUAUGCCUUGCGGGAUGUAUAUAACCCGCUGAGUUUAAAGGUUAUGUUAAUAGUGCUACAAAUAAUAUAAAACUGUGGUUAUUUUUUCGUGUUGAUAGUUUGUUUAAGUGAGGCAAGCGUUUUAAAGUCAUCAUCAUGAAUCCAGCAUUUGCAGUUCUUUUUGUUUUUGUGGGAUGUUGUAGUAAUGUGGUUUUUUUAGAACUGCUAGUAAGGGAUGACCCGGGAGCUGGUAACAUCAUUACAGUUUCUCAGUUCCUCUUCAUUUCCUUGAUAGGAUUUAUAUUCACAACAAAAUUCGGAACUGUCAAACCUAGGAUUGGAUUAUGGGAUUACAGCUUACUGGUGUUGAUGUUCUUCGUUGCAAAUCUGUGCAACAACUAUGCCUUCAACUUCAACAUUCCAAUGCCACUGCACAUGAUAUUCAGAGCUGGUUCACUUAUCACAAACAUGAUAAUGGGAAUACUCAUUCUAAAGAAGACCUACACAUUCUCAAAGUACCUGUCUGUGAUCAUGAUUACAACUGGAAUUGUCAUGUGCACAAUCGUGUCUGGAAAAGAAGUUAAAGACACACGACCGGGCCAAGAACAUGUGAAAAAUAACGAAUAUGAAGUGUUCUUUUGGUGGGUAGUAGGUAUUAUUCUUUUGACGGUUGCAUUAUUCGUGUCUGCCCGAAUGGGGAUCUACCAGGAAGUUCUGUAUGGAAGAUACGGAAAGCACCCGAGCGAGGCAUUGUUCUAUACUCACCUGCUGCCCCUGCCGGGGUUCCUGCUGGUGUACAGCAACAUUGCAGAGCAUGCCGUCUCCAUGGCGUCCAGCCCGCUGGUGCAGCUGCCGCUGCUGGGGCUCGCCAUUCCGAAGCUCUACCUCUACUUGAUAGGGAACGUGCUCACCCAGUACCUGUGCAUAAACUCUGUGUAUGUUUUGACGACCGAGUGUUCCUCGCUGACCGUCACGCUGGUCGUGACUCUUCGCAAAUUCGUCAGCCUCCUCUUCUCCAUUGUUUACUUCAAAAACGAGUUCACCACGAUUCACUGGGUCGGAACAUUCCUGGUGUUUCUCGGGACGAUGAUCUUCACUGAAGUGAUCAUCAAGAUAUCUGAAGUGAUCAGUCCACCAGCCAAAGAGAAAGUGAAGUAGAAUGAAUGUAAUUCCAACUCGAGGUAGAACGGGAGUGGUUGUGAAGACACGAGGCAGGCAGGCAGCACUGGACUUUGCGCAGCAUCACAGUGUGCUGACUGUUGGGGAUUGCUCUGGUGCUUUCACUAUAUAUACGUUCAAAGUUUAGUUAGUCUUAAAUUUAUCAUUGCCAAAGUCGUUAUUGAACUUGUAAAAGCUUUUAUUUCUUGAUUGCAGUUUAAAUGUCUGUGAUAAUCAUGUCUUCAAUUUUAUGCCGUUGGGUUACCAUUGUAGUGAUAGUAUUUUAGAAACAUUUAUUUUACGUUAAUGAAUUACAAAAUAUUUUAUCUUACUUUUUUUUUGCAACUUUCCUGUUUUUAAUUAAGAAUUUUUUAAAACAAACCAAUUUUUUAUUUGUUGAUUAUCUUUUUUGCUUUUAAGAACAAUUCAGUAUUUUUGUAGAUCUAGUUAUAAUUCUGAUUUCACUCUAGUAAACUGCUUUUUAUGUUUGAAUAAAACAAAUGAUACUUCUUGCUGUGUGAAGUUUUUCAAUAGUUUCAUUAUUAUCUGAAUGUGAAGAGAAACAGCAUACAUGGAACUGCUCUUUAAGUAAGAUAAAAUAUUUAAGAUUAUGAUGCUUAUUCUUGUGGCUGUUAGUAACAGUGUUCUCCGGAACUUGAAUUCUUGAAUGGAUUCCAAAACCAAACAGCUCUUUAGAACCUGCAAAUGUUUGUAAACCCUUUGGAGCUCCUGAAAAUUUGCAAAUAAAUUUUCUAGAUUCAUUCAUAGAAGUUUUUAGAGUAAAUUUAUUACUGAUCAUAAAACAUGUUGCUUCUGAAAUUAUAUUAAGGACAGAGUAGUUGCACUAUUUUUGGUUUGUAAGUAUGAUGGAAUAAGAAUAUAAUUCAUGCAUUCUAAUCAAACCAGUUUCUAAUUUUAACUGUCUGGAUUGUGUGCAUGUUUUUACUGGUGAAAUACUGAUUUUGCUAAUUAAUUCUGUUGUAAUCUAAACUGAUUUUUGUGAAUAUAACUUAAGAUGUUAUAUUGUAGUUCUGCACAACAAAAUUUUCACUUGAAAACAAUAUGCAAAGUUGUAAUAUUUUCAAUUGAAAUACAAGAUGCUGUUUGUGUUGUGUAAAAUUUGCUAUACUUUUGAAUAUCUGCCUUGUAUUGGGUAUGUCAGACAUUUUCGUUAGCAGCAUUGUGCAUAAUAUAUAUUAUUUUCCAUUGUAAUAGGGUGGACUUGAAACAAUGCUUCUAUUGCGUUGUAGUAUUUUAAUGUUUAACCAAGGUUUUAUUCAUACUUUUGGUCCCCCAAAAUUUGUCGGCUUGAACAACUCUCUCUCUGGUGAUAAAACUGGGGAUUCAAUUGGUGAAAUAUUUGUAUCAUAGGUUUACGUGUGUGGUUAGUAAAUUUUUCUCCAAAAUGUGUAUUUGCAGUUAUUGAUUAAAGUCGAAAUUAGUGGGAAAUCAAUCCAAAGCUCAACCAGAAUGUUACAAAACUACAGCAAAAUAUGUAAAUAUAAAUAAAUAUAGAUUAAUUUCAAAAUUAGGUAUUAACUGUUAAGUUCCAUUUAUUGUCAAUUUAAUACAUUGUAUUGUGUUCAAUGAAGAAACAUUUCAAACAGUAAAAAAAUAAAUUUUUUUAUGCCAUAA